AUGAAAUUUCUCGCCGGCCUGGUGGUGCUCAUAGCCAUUAUUGGGGCUAUUGUGCUUCCACAGAUUUUCUACAUUGUGGAUGAGACGCAGCUCGCCAUAGUGACACGCUUCGGUGAGCCACGGGUUUCCAUUACAUCGCCGGGCCUGUAUGUGAAGACACCCUUUGUUGAGACGGUGCGGUACUUCGAGAAGCGCAUUCUCAUAUUUGACGCGCCGCCGGACUCGUUGCUGACCGAGGACAAGAAGCGUCUUGUUAUCGAUGUGUAUGCGAGGGCGCGCAUCGUUGAUCCUCUGCUGUUCUUCAAGACGGUGAAUUCGGAGGCUCAGGCGACAUCACGGGCGAUUGACAUCAUCGGGUCGGAGCUACGCCGGGAGAUUGCUCUCGACACGCAGAUAGAAGUUAUUCUAGAGACGCGUGAGGGGAUAAUGAACCGCGUGCGCGACUCGGUAACGCCGAAGCUGCUGGAUUUCGGCAUUCAGACGGUUGAUGUGCGUAUCAAGCGUGCGGACUUCCCGGACACCAUCGCGGACAGCGUGUAUGCGAGGAUGCAGGCAGAGCGCCAGCGCAUAGCCGACCGCGAGCGCGCGGAGGGCUUUGAGCGUGACGCCGAGGUGCGCGCCAAUGUUGACAGGCAGGCUGCCAUCAUCCGCGCGGAAGCGGAGAGGGACGCGCAAAUUAUACGCGGUGAGGGCGAGGCUGAGGCAGUGCGAAUCUUCGCAGAGUCUCUUGGACAGGACCCUGAGUUUUAUGCCUUCCAGCGUAGUCUUCAAGCGUAUAAGGUUUUCCUGCCCGAAAACGGCACUACGUUUGUGCUUCCUGCUGAUAGCUCGCUCUUCCAGUUCUUGCAGACUCCAGGCGGCAUUGGGCAAUUCGAUGUGCCGCAGGUAUCUGCUGAAUCAACUGAAUCAACCGGGUCCGAGGUGGCGCUUGAGCUGCUUGCAGCCAACUACCUCGCGGGCAAGCUCGACGUUGGAGCGAAUGAGCUUACUCUUGUAAGGACUAACGCUACGGAGUGGUCGGACGCCAGCCUUGGCUGCCCCCGUCCGGACAUGGCGUACCCUCAGGCUGUAACGCCCGGUUUCGAGAUCACCUUCGAGCAUGAAGGCGGGAACUACGCCGUGCAUUCCAACGGCGACGCCUCGUAUAUGACGUCCUGCCAGUAG